GGAUUGGUACCUUUGGGUGGCGGGUACCCGCCGAAUUUGACAGGUACCCGCUCCCACUUCCGGUCCGAUCACCUAGGAGAUCAGAAACGGAAGGUGUCCCUCCCUCCCCGUAGUCUUUUUGGACACGUGACAGGUCCCAGAUGACUACAGGACCAUUCAUGAAACGCAGCACUACUCGCGCAUGCGCAGUGGGCAUCCGGCUGUGAAGCUGCAAAAUGUCACAGCCAGGUGCCCACACUGAAGAUGCCGGUCUCCUGGAAUACAGGACAGCCGGUGAAUCGGGCUGCAGGGGACACACUGCGG